UGUCCAGCUGUCCCUGUGUGCACCCUCUCCCUAUGUGCUGCGGCUCCCACACACCCACCCUGUCUCGGGCCCAUGCCAGCAGCCCGUGCCCCCGUCCUGGGCUCUGACUCCACUCCGUCCCCAGCGCCACGGCUGCUCCAUGCUGCUCCAGGAUGGCUCCUGGCCCAACAGCACCACGCCAGCGGGCGAGGAGCGGUCUCCUUGUGUGGUGGGCAUCGUCCCCAUCGUGUACUACAGCAUCCUGCUGGCCCUGGGGCUGCCAGCCAACGUCCUGACGGCAGCUGCCCUGUCCCGCCUGGCCGCCCGCACCAAGAAGUCGUCCUACUGGCACCUGCUGGCGCUGACGGCUUCGGACAUCCUGGCCCAGGUGCUCAUCGUCUUCGUGGGCUUCAUCCUGCAGACGAGCAUCCUGGGCCGGGCGGUGCCGGCGGCUGCGGUGCACGCCGUCACUGCGCUGGAGUUCGCGGCCAGCCACGCCUCCGUCUGGGUGGCCGUGCUGCUGGCCGUGGACCGCUACGUGGCCCUGUGCCACCCGCGGGCCACCGGCGUCCCCUUCUACUGGUGGUUGGACGUGUGGCGCGACGCCGACCCGCCCACUGCCCUGGACCGGGCACUCAAGUGGCUGCACUGCGUGGCCAUUUACUUCCUGCCCUGCGGCAUCUUCCUGGCCACCAACUCGGCCAUCACGUGCCAGCUGCGGCGGGCACCGGGGCCACGCCGGGGCCGGGACCGGGCCAGUGCCCUCCUGCUGGCGGUCACCAGCGUCUUCGCCUUGCUAUGGGCGCCACGCACAGCCGUCAUGCUGUGCCACCUCUACGUGGCCUCUGUGCGCCGCGACUGGCGGGUGCACCUGGCACUGGACGUGGCCAACAUGGUGGCCAUGCUCAACACGGCCCUCAAUGGCCUGCUCUACUGCUGCGUCAGCCGCACUUUCCGCCGCGCCGUGGCCGAGGUGCUGCGCUCCUCCCGGCCCCUCUGUGCCGCCGGCCAUGCUUCCCGGCAGCGGGCCCAGCAGGGGGGCUCCCCGCCACCCCCCACACUCAAGACGCUGGGUUUGCUGCGUGGCACGCCCCUGUGAGACCACAGCCAGACCACAGCCAUGGCCUGGGACCGCCUGGGGCAGCGUGGACUGCGCAUGGCAGCAGGGGGUCUGGCUGGGGGUCAGCAGCCGGGGACGGCUGGAGCGUGGCUGGGGU